AUCGCCGUAAGAAAUCAAAAUCCAAGGAACCUCCCUAAAACCCUAUUAAAGCUUCUCUCUUCUUCUUCUCCAAAUCUCGAUUUCCCUAAAAAAACCCUAAUCACGCCUCUCAAGCUUCCUUCUUUAUCGCCGGACUCUCCUCGGUUCCAUCUUUCUCUGCCGCCAGAUAUGGCUACCGAGGGAGUUGUUCCUUCAGCGAAGGCGAUUUCUGCUGCCUUUGUGGAACAGUACUAUUAUGUUUUAAGUCAGCUUCCUCAUGAAGCUUAUAAGUUAUAUGUUGCUGAUAGUGUUUUCAGCAGACCUAGUCCUGAUGGUACUAUGCUGUCUUUUACUUCCGUUGAGGCUAUCAACGAGCAUAUCCUUUCAUGUGGCUUUGAGAAUACGACAUUUGAGGUUCUGAGUAUCGAUUCUCAGAAUGCUUUGGAUGAUGGGAUAAUUAUCAUGGUUAUCGGUUUCAUGACUGGAAAAGACAAUCUGAGGAGGAAGUUUUCUCAGAUAUUCUAUUUGGCACGUCAUAAUAACCAUGUUGUCCUCAAUGACAUGUUUCGAUAUGUUGAUCAAGAUGAUUCCACCCCACAAACUCUGCCAGUUGUUGAAUGUGAGCCAGCAACUGAGAUUGUGAAGCCAGCUGCUGAGCUAAAGAAGACCGAGCUGAAACAGAAAAACGAUGCUUCGGUGGCCAAGUCUGUUAAUGCUGCUGUUGAAAAGAAUGCUGCUGCUCCAUUGGACAAUGGAAAGAUGAAGCAGUCUGAAAAAGCUGUUAUUGCUCAAAAACCAACAGAGCAAGUUGCUGAAACAGUUGCUCCUCAACCUGAUGGAGCCAAGAGAUCGUUUGCUGCGAUUGUUCAAUCGUUGGCAAACAAUGCUGCUCCGUUUCAAGUGAAAGCCCCGGUUCAGCAACCUAAAUACAUGGGACAACCACGUGCUGCUGCAGCACCUAAAAAACCUGCUUACGUCAGUAAAUCUAUAAAGAAAAAUGAUCAAAAGAUCAUUGAAGAACCAGGCAAAUCUAUAUUUGUGGCAAAUCUGCCAUUAAAUGCAAUGCCGCCCCAACUCUAUGAACUGUUCAAGGAUUUUGGUCCUAUCAAAGAAAACGGGAUUCAAGUCCGAAGCUCCAGGGGUAAUGCUAAUCCAGUUUGCUUCGGGUUUAUUGCCUUUGAAUCUGCUACCUCUGUCCAGAGCGUGCUUCAGGCUACCAAGAACACGCCCUUCAUACUUGCAGACCGUAAGCUUCGUGUAAAGGAGAAGGAAGUUGACUAUGAUGGAAGCAAACCUUCUGGGAAAACCAAAGGUGGAAGCAACAAGAUUCAGAAUGGCUCUGCAGAUGGCAGCAAGACUGAGAAUAGCUCUACAGAUGACAGCAAGACACAAAACGGCUCUGCAGAAGAUGGCGAAGAUGAGUUCAAGCAGGUCAGAAGCCGUAGGAAUAGUAGAAAAAACCGCAAUGCAAAUGGAGACAAUAACCAAAAAAAAAGUGAAGGAGGAGCCCCUAAGGUUCAAGCAGCUUGAUGAUACUCUCCUCUACAAACACCAACACAAGAACAACACUUACAAUUUGGAGCUUUCUUAGAAAAUUU